AUUGUAAUACACCAAAAAGACAUGGCACAAAGUGCGGAUACAACAUUUAUACCAGACCUACCGAAAGGACCAUUGUGCACUUAUCGCAAAAGGGUCAAGUUUGAUUGGAAACGUUUAAGGCUGAUAUUUGAAAAGGAACAAGCUUUACGCAUUAAGUACAAGGUUUGGAAAAUUUUAGAAAAUGAUCCUCUGUUCUCCCAACCCAUCGCACUCCUACCCACCGAUGAGCAGAAACGUAUUUGUGCCAUGCAAAUGAAUCGUAUGGCUCAUUUGGAUUUAGUUCCUAAAGAGAUCGAACAACGUUCGUUCAGCGAAAAGACCAAAUAUUUGAUGAGCAUUAACGAGGCUCUACACAUCUACUGUCCCAGUUUGUCGGUGAAGAUUGCCUUGGGCGUUGGUCUCUUCAACAAUGCCAUACGUGCCAUGGGCACAGACAGGCAUAAGAAAUAUUAUGAGGCUGCUUGGAAUCGUGAAGUAGUCACCUGUCUGGCCAUUACGGAGGUUUCACAUGGCAGCAAUACGAAAAGUAUUCGUACCACCGCCACCUACGAUCCUGAGACUCAUGAGUUCAUUAUCAAUACACCAGAUUUUGAGGCUGCCAAAUGUUGGGUCGGUAACUUGGGAAAAACUUCCACUGUUGCCAUGACUUUUGCCAAUCUGUAUACACCCGAUGGCGUUAGCCAGGGUCUGCAUGGUUUCCUUAUACCCAUUAGAGAUCCGAAAACAUUACAACCCUAUCCGGGUGUCUUGGUGGGUGAUAUUGGCGAGAAGAUCGGUUUGAAUGGCAUUGACAAUGGUUUCGUUAUAUUUACCAACUAUCGUAUACCUCGCGAGAAUUUACUCAAUCGAACCGGUGAUGUUACGCCUGAGGGUCUAUAUGAAAGUGUUUUCACCGAACCGGGCAAAGUAUUGGGCGCCGCUUUAGAAUCGUUUUCUGCUGGCCGUAUUGGCAUCAUGCAAGAAUCUGUGAAUACUUUGUCAAGUGCCGCUGUUAUAGCGAUACGUUAUGCUGCCUUAAGAAAACAAUUUGGUCCGGAGAAGACUGGUCCCGAAAUGCCUAUAAUCGAGUAUCAAUUACAUCAAUGGAGAAUAUUCCCAUAUUUGGCGGCUGCAUGUGUGUUAAAGGUCUCCGUGAUCGAGUUGACAGAACAGUAUUUAAAAAUUAUUGAAAAAUCUCAGGCUGAUUCAAAUGGUUUCGAAUUAUUGACACAAAUUGUAUCUGAAAUUCACGCAAUUAUUUCCUCAUCAAAACCCAUGAUUACAUGGACGGCACGUGAUGCCAUACAAGAGGCUAGAGAAGCAUGUGGUGGUCACGGUUACCUCAAGGCAUCCAAAUUGGGAGAUCUACGCAAUGAUCAUGAUCCCAGUUGUACAUAUGAAGGGGACAAUAAUGUAUUGGGACAACAGGCCUCCAACUGGCUACUGCGACAAUGGAGCGGCACCAUCGAGAGUCCAGUGGGUACAGCAAACUUUUUGAACAAUCGGGAAACCAUACUAAAACAAACUAGUGAAGACGUCUUAAAGAAACACGAUAUUGAGUCUAUGGAAUUUGUUUUAAAUUGCUACGAGUGGAUGUUGUGUCAUUUACUGCAGACGACCUCAUCUCGAAUUUCCAAAGAUAUUGACAAUGGCCGUCAUCGUUUUGAAGCACGCAAUAACUCCCAAGUAUAUGGAGCCCGUGAAAUGUCCAUGGCCUAUGCUGAGUAUUAUUGUUUGAGCCGUUUUGUGGAACGCUUCCGACGUCCUGAUAUUUGCGGCGAAUAUGCCACUAUUUUAAAACUGGUUUUCGAUGUCUAUGCCAUGUGGUGUUUGGACCGACACAUGACUACUUUCUAUGUGGGUGGUUUCGCUCAUGGUUCCAGCUUUGCUGAUUUGAUCAGAAAUCGCCUGCUGCAGAAAUGUGGUGAAUUGAAGGAUUCAGCUGUAUCAGUGGCAGAUGCUUUGGCUCCACCUGAUUUUGCCUUGAAUUCUGUGAUUGCCAAAUCCGAUGGUUUGCUGUAUGAGAACUUGCAAAAUGAAUUUAUGACCAAUACGGGGGCUUUUGAGAGACCUCCAUGGUGGCGUGACGUAAUCAUACCACAAGUGAAAUCAAAACUAUGAAGAGGACUUUGAUACAAUUUUACCCAUCAAGUCAUUUAUUUUUUAUAAUUUUUUUUCGUUUCCUAUUAUUUUGUAAAUUAGAUUUCCACGAUCCAAAAAAUGAAAUCAAGCAAUCUCUUAAACCAAAAUUAAACUUACUUUAUGUGUAUCUACAUUUAGUUAAUUAAUUUGUCGGUUAUUAAUAUUUUUUAUUUUUGCCUUUGUUUUAUUUAAGUAGCUUGAUAGUAUUUUUGUUUUCUCCCCAUUGUCUGUGUAUCUUGUAUCUAAUUGUUUGUAUAAUUAAUUAAUUAAUUAUUUCUUUACACAUACUAUACAAUAUAUUAAACAAAAAACCAUAAAAAAACAAGUGUCUAUAUACUAUAUUACGAGUAUUAAAUCGUCUUUGAGUUAAUUUACAUACAUAAAACAGAAAUAUUUACUUAUAUUUGUUAAAGAAAUUGUUAUUAUAUUGCCGUUUUUGUGCAUUUUAAGAAUAUAAUAUAAAAAUUGUAUUUUUUCUAUUUGAUUUUUGUUAAAUUAAGUGAUUUAAUUGUCUUGUAUGAAUGUAUGAAAAUGUUUACAAUUAAUUAAACAAAAAAACUUUAUUUCUCUCGACAGAUUUAUUUGUAA